AUGAAAUCCGCUUCCUACUGGUUCAUUGCUAUAAUGGUACUUAUUCAGUGGUCGCAUAUUGAUGGAAUUAUGUUUUCUGUCUCCAUGUAUGGCGCUUUUCCAAAUGAUAAUAUCGAUGAUACAUUUGCAGUUCAGUCAGCCAUUAAUAAUGCAAUCGCUAAUGGGCCAAAUAAUAUCGUUGUGUUCCAAUCUGGUACAUAUAAUUUUACAUCACCUAUUUCAAUAUACAACGCAGUCAAUUUAACUGUCAUGGGUCAAGGAAUGCAACAAACACUCUUAGUUGGAAACUCACCAGUAGCAAUGCUCAAACCUUUAAAUUGUCGAGGCGUGACAAUUACUUCACUCACCAUUGAUUUCGAUCCACUUCCUUUCACUGCUGGUUAUGUAGUGAAUGUUAGCACUAGUUAUCUCGAUGUUCAAGUAGUACCACCACACAGAGCUGAUAUUGAUCGACAAGUUCGUGCCAUUCUUCGAUAUAAUCCAGUCAUGAUGAGACCAGCCUCGGGUUCGAAUACAUAUGAAAUCUAUCAGACACCACCUUCAAAUGUGUACACUAGUUUAGUAUCAAAUGGUAUAUUACGUAUUCCUUUGGCUUCUCCUACAAAAUUUGUCAUAGGAGAUCCUAUUGUAGCUCGCUAUUAUUCUAUCAAAAAUGCUAUUGAUGCGCAGGAUAUAACAGAUUUCAAUAUUCAAUCGAUAACGAUUUACACCGCUUGGGCUGUAGGUAUAAUGACACUACGAAUUAAGGGUAUGAAUAUAAUUGACUAUCAUGUCAUACCACGUACUGGACGUUGGAUGAGUACAUCCGUAGAUUGUAUGCAUAUUGGUGAUAGUCGUGAUUACAUAAAUAUAGUCAAUAGUAAAUGCGAAGCACAAGGUGAUGAUGGAUUGAAUGUACAUGCAUUUUAUUUUACUGUAACAGAAAUAAUUAACUCAACCGCAUUGGUUAUCAAAGAGUUUAAUUUUCCUGAUGUACUUAAUGUUGGAGUUGGUACACGUUUAGAAUUCAGUCGAAGUCAACAACAGUUCACAGUCUAUACAACAGCAAUUGUAGCUUUUUCGUAUAUAAAUGGUCCAAAUACACGAGUAUUUGUAUUCACUAGUCCUAUCAAUGUGAGUGUUGGCGAUUGGGCUUCGGUAGCUGAUGCACCAGCAUUAACUAUCAGAAAUUUUACUGUCGCAAACAAUCGAGCACGCGGUGUCCUUGUAAAAACACGAAAUGUUCACAUAACACAUUCCUUAUUCAAUGGAACAAGUGGGCCAGCAGUACUGUUUGAACCAUCCUUGUAUUGGCAUGAAAGUGUUGCAGCACACAAUGUGACUCUCGGCCAGAAUAUUUAUAUCAACUGUAAUGAAGGCAUUGCAAAAGAAAAAGGAGUGAUUUCAUUCGCACCAAAUCCACGUCAAUCGAUUCCAAUAUUCACUGACAUUGUUAUUGAGUCAUCAACGUUUCUAUUUGGAUCGUACAGUGAAGGUUUAAUUCAAGGCAACAACGCAGAUGCUGAUCGAAAUUUUUUUCUAUCUGAUCUUCACACUUUAUAUACAAAUUGCAAACAUGUUCUGAAUUAUACAGCCGAACACAAUGAAUUUCGCGAUUACAAUUUACCAUCAAUUGGUCCAUUAAUGAUUUGUGGCGUUGUACGUGCAGAAAAGCGAACAGUAUAUCGACAAGUUGCUCAUCAUGCACAAUUUCCAGUUGAAGAAGAUCAGCAUAUCUUGCGUCAAGCUGGUUAUCUUCCCCUGUUUGCUUGUAUAUCUCCCGAUGAAGAUUCCAAUACUGAGAGUUGGAUUCGUAAUGAAAUGAACAAAGAUUAUAUAUAUGAUUAUCAUGAAAUAUUCUUACGUAUGUUAAAUUCUGUUGAUAUGCCAAAAUCCCAUUGGUUAUUAAAAUCACCGUUCCACAUUUUAUAUCUUGAUAAAAUUGUUCGCCAAUAUCCGAAUGCAUUAUUAAUUAUGAUACAUCGACGUCUCGAUGAAGUUCUUCCUUCAUCGGAUGAAUUUGAAACAGCUAUGCGCAAUUGGCUUCUCGAAAAUCCUCAAGGCAAACAAGGUCGUCAUAUGUACUCUUCUGAUGAGUUUGGCCUCAGUCGAGAAGAUAUCCAAACACGUUAUGCUGAUUAUAUCAAUCUGUUUCUGUCUUCUACAUCUUCGAAUAAUCAACCUUCAUCGGUAAAUUGA